ACGAUGAGAUCAUUCACUAUAAUCACAUUGUUGUUGGCCUUGAUGCUUAGUGCAUCAUUUGUAUAUGCUCGUAUCCGAUCUUCAACGGUGAUUGGUGAGAUGACAUUCUAUGCAGCAGGAGACAACUGCCCACCAAGUGGUGAGAUCGCUUAUCCAUUGCCAAGUCGUCCACAGGCUGGUGGUGUGGGCACUUACGCCAACCCCAUCACAUUUGCCGCGUCAAAGGACGCCUUCCCUGUCCACUCCAUCGUCUACGUGCCCGCCUACUCCAAGUACUUCAUUAUGAUGGAUGACUGCGCCGAGUGUGACGACGACUGGAAGCACCACCACGAGUACCACAUCGACUGCUGGAUUGGCUCCGACUCGAUUCAACGAGGCACUACCGACUGCGAGGUGGCAUUGACACUGAACGAGACCAAGAUCAUCGUCAACCCGCCCAACAACCUCGAGGUCGACCAAUCGCCCUUCUUCAACAACGACGGAGACUGUCUCGUACCUGCACAGAACUGCACCAACGUCGGCAAUGAAUGUGGCAACUCAUGUGAUCUCGACUACUCCAUCACUUGUCAGAAUGCAGCCAACCUAUUCCUACUCUCACUCAAUCGUUUCGAAGAGCUGAAUCCCAACUUGAACUGCAACAACAUCAUACCAUCAGGUACUGACAUGUGUCAAGCAGGUUCAUGUGGAGGUCCAUAA